AUGGACGCUGAGGCUGGGAAUGCGUUCGCCGCCGCCGCGCCGCUCCUCGACGCCGGCAUGGCGUCCGCGUCGGGCUCCACGACCGCCUCAACGAUGCCCGCCAACAUCCCGGCGUCGGAGCUGAUGGCCGCCGCCGUCUCCAGCACCUACCUGCUCAGCUCCAUGUCGCAGGGCAUGAACAUGCCGGUGAUGAAUCUGCAGCCCGCCCGCAUCAACCAACCCCCCAUGCAACCCACACCGUCGGGCCGAAGUCUGUCCGACUUCAUGCUCGGCCCCAACACCCUCCUCCAUCCGCUGGUCACGCAGGUCCCCCAACUCAUCAACCCCAACCAGUUCGCGCUGAUGCAGGACCAUCCCGAGUGCGUCUGCAUCAACCAGGCCCCGAAUCAGGCGAUGGUCGCCGCCUCGGUCCGCCAACAAACCCCAAUGACGGCGGGCCACUCGUCCACCGCCUCCGGCUCAACCAGCAGUCGGAUGCGGAAGCGACCGCGCGAAGACGGGUCGAGCAGCGCGAUCAAACGACAACGCACCAACGCCGGCUUCACGGAACAAACGAGGAACAGCAGUGCGGCAAGGGUAAGAUAAUUUGGCUUGAUUUUUUUGGAUUUUUAGGAAUUAUAGAGACGAAAUAUUUGGAAAAAAGGCUUUGACGGAGUUGAAAAUCAAUUUCUGAUAAUUGAUUUGAACUUUCAUUUUGUCUUUUUGACAAAAUUUUGGAUUUUCCACCUUAACCUAUGAUAAUAUAAAUUCCGAAAAUUUCCAGGCAAUCCAACUCCAGCAAAUCUCCGCCCUCACAUCCAGCUUGGCAAGGAAUGAGUCGUUCAACAUGACCGCCUCCCGCUCCAUAUCCAACCCCAACCUUCCGCAACAGUCCACGAAUCCCCCGCCCUCCGCAGUCCCGGUGUGCGCCAGUUGUCGGCGCGUCCCCGUCCCCAACGACGAAGCCGGCGGAUCUCAUCAACCCCAACACCCCUGCAACUGUCAAGUCUUCCACACCUGCAAUAACGGCUGUCUGUUGAACCAACCCCAAUUCUUCCGUCCCAACCCCAUCCCCCCACCGCCACCCACCCAACCGAUGAUGAUGUACGAGCGGCCCGGGUCCUCAGCGCAUCGCGUUCGCGACGGCGAACAACCGUUCCCGUGCGUCCCAACGGCAAUGUCACAGAUGGACUCGACCAUGUUCGGAUUAUUAAGCAGCCAAUUGAACCAAAUUUCGGCCCAUCAAAGAUUACAACGAAUGGUGCCGCAAUCUCAGUUGACCGUGCCCCCGUUCUUCAAUAGGAAUUACAUAAACGCACCUAGAAAUACCUCGUAAGUUAGUUUUGGCGUUAAAAUCACUUCUGACUUUAGUUUGAUGACAACAGAAAAUCGAGAUUUUUUGAAGCAUCAAGUGGAAUAUCGAAAAUUUUUGAUAAAGCCUAAUCUAUAAGGCUAUAGACUAUCCUUCUUUUCGAAAUCGAAAAGUUUUUAUCAGAUCUAGACACUUUUGUAGAACAAAAUUUGAUCUGAUAUCAAGUGCAAUAUAAAACUUGUAUUUUUAGCAACUUCAAUCUCGGUCUUGCCGCCACAGCCCUCCAUCCAGAGCAAGUGAACCUCCUGAACACGCGUCAACAACAGAAUGCGGAGCGAAACGAGCAGAUGAACAACUUUUACCGGCAACACAACCCACAACGUCUAGUGCAGGUGCAAACCCAGACCACGUCCGAGAUCCUCCGAAAUCAGACGCUCCAAAACAACCCGAUGAUCAUUGUGCCGGGCUUCAACCCCAGCAACAAUGGCAUCGAAAUGAUCUCAUUCCUCAUGAACGGCCACGACGGCGCACUGUAUGUGCCGCACGCCGAGGCCACCGCUCAUGUUGCACACGCCAUGAAUCACGAGCCACAGCCGAUUGGCGCUUCCUCCGAAUGCAUCAAGCAAUGCACGACCAUCAAGAGCUACAUCAAGGACCCGGAAGUGCCAGAGCAAGAGACGGAGAGGUGUACCGUCUGCCUGUUGGACUUUGAAACCGGCGAUGAGAUCAGAACCUUGCAUUGCAACCACAUCUACCAUAUCGACUGUAUAGAUCGCUGGUUGCAGUACAACAAAAAGUGCCCAGUGUGCCGAUUGGACAUGGACAAGGCGCCAAUUGUCAUCGACGACACGGAGGAGGAGCAGGCGGCCAACGCGAUUGGAAUCACGGCACAGUAA